UGAGGGUCGGCAAGGGUCACCCGCUUGAGAGUCAGCGAAGGUGGAGGUCUAAGGUUGUUAGGAUAAUGGAACGUGGCGGCGUAAGACUGUCCUCAUCAAAAACGAGUGUUCCCCUCAGCUUACAUACACAGAAAAACCACUUUCUUCCUCCUAUUCUUCCCCUCAUUUUCUAGCCUCUCGACUCUACCACCCACGUCUAUUCCACAUCUCCAAAAUGAGCUCCUUCUUUACAUGCCUCGGCCUCCGCGCCGUACCCCCCACCACCCCAAUCACAAACUACGGCCCUGCCUUCCUAGGCUUCAACUUCUUCUUCGCCUACGGCUUACUUUCCAGUCGCACGUUGAAACAGUUCUACGGAAUUGACCACCAAGAAGCGCCGCGCGAAGACCUCUCCAAAUACGGCGAGGCCGCCGUUCGUAAUGGCAAAAUCACCCGCGCGCAGCUGGACAUGCUGAAGCGCAAUGAGGCGGCGCAUGCUAACGCAGUGGAGAAUUUUACGCUAUUGGUCGCAAGCGUGCUUUCGGCAUCGCAUGCAGGUGUACCCGCGCAGACUAUUAAUGCCGCUGCCGCGUCUUAUACCCUCGCCCGCGCCGUUUACGGAGCGGUUUAUAUCCUAAUUGGGCAUCGGCACUGGAGUCAGGUUCGCGGGUUAGUGUGGUGGUGGGGGAAUUUGAGCUGCUUGUUUUUGUUAUGGAAGGCUGGUGAGCGUAUCUGAAGCUUUCACCGGCUACGCUGGCAAUUGUUCGUGUACUAUCGAGCCAGUCCAAUGAUGGACGACCUUGCUGUUACUGCGUGGCCAUGAUUUGUGAUACCAUGAUUGUAUGUAACAAUUCCUGCUACAGGAUGUGUGUGUGUGUGUGUGUGUGUG